AUGCAUGAAGCUCUGACCAUAGAUCCGCCCGCUUCGCAGAAUGUUCAUGACAGCCGCUUUGCCGCCCUGUACGAAUUAGGCGGCGGGAUUACAGAGCUCUUUGCGAAAGAGCUGAUAUUGCAGUCAGGCUUGGCCCUGUCCAGUCAGGAGCCUUUAGUGAUUCUUGACAAUGCUUGUGGCACGGGGGCCGUUUCAAGUGUCCUUCAUCGUACCAUUGGCAGCGACAAGAAAGGUAACUGGCAGUUGACCUGUGGCGAUAGGUCAGACAGUAUGCUUUAUUAUACUAGACAGAAGAUGCUACAGGAAGAAUGGCAUAAUACCGAAGUGAAGAUCGUGAAUGCACAAGACACUCGUCUACCAAGUGCACAUUACACUCAUGUGUUUACAGCCUUUGCUUUCAAUCUCUUUCCGGACGAUAUUUCUGCUAUGAAAGAAUGCGUCAGAAUACUUCAGCCUCGUGGCAUCCUGGCAGUUUCCACGUGGAAGAGCACCAUCUGGGUUUGCACGCUUACUGCUGCCAUGGCCAGCUUACCCGGAAAUCUUCCAGCUCCGUCGGAGAAAGAGAUUAAUGGACUAUACAACCUUGGCUGGGACGAGGAGUCUUCUGUGCAAACUAGGUUCGAGCAAGCCGGGCUUAGUAACAUCCAAGUCAGAACGGUGAGAAAGGAACGCUUAUUCCCUAUGGGCCAGUUUGUUGAAAGUUGCACCGUCCUUAUUCCCAUGAUCGUCAACACUUUCUGGACGCAGGAUCAGCGACGCCAGCAUGUGUCCGAGUUGCCACUGGCAAUUCGUCGCUACGCCGAAGGAAAAUUCGGAAUGGAUGGAUUGGCUUCCCUCGAAGCUGAAGCUAUCAUUGCAACAGGCCGUAAAUCUUGA